AUGGACGGAAAUAGCAAGAUUAGGAGUAACACGGGACAGGCAGCCAACUUCAACAACUUCUGCCAGUUUGUGUCCGAACAAGCCGAUUUGGUGACAAAUGCAGUCUGCUCAAAGGAAGAAUUCUCAUCCCAUCAUUUUUUCCUUGUGCUCCAAAAUAUACCACCCAGAUGAAUGUACUAAGUUUCUAAAAAACUCUUAUUAGAGCGAGGAGACUUUGUUACACUCAAAGGUUUAUGCUUUGGUUGUUAUAGUUCUGAGUAGAAAAUCAUGCCAGAUACACAAUAAGAAACACUCAACGUCACUUGACGAUCACAACUGGAGACUUGAAGAGGUGAAGACGGAAGGAAGGAGCAGCCAACAUGAGAAACCAGCUAAAAGAAAAGGGAAGAGCAAGUCAAUGUGUGCACCGCCAUUCGCAGUGUGACCAAGGCUAGUGACAUUCCAACAUUAUGGGUAUAGUCCCAGUGUGCUUCUACCAGAAAGACAAUCCAAAUAAAUUAUCUCCUUGAUAAUGUAAGUGGGGGACAUUUAGAAAUAUGACUUCUCAUCGGUCUGAACUGUCCAGCACUGUGAAAAAUGGAACUGCACCAUCUAGAGAGGGAAAUGAAACGCACUAUCUAGAGAAGAUCGUCAGUUCCUGUAGAUUGUAGGAGACGGAAUCUGCCAUAGAGGUGACGUGCAUCAUGAAAUGCCUCUGCCGUUUGAAGGAAAGAAUGUCCAACUACCAAAUAACCGUCUUCAAGCAGUGCAGCCCCUGCACGGCCUAAAAAAGAAACUCCAAGGUGACCUGAAGUAUUGUCCUGACUUCACCAGCUUCAGGUCUGAAAUUAUCGACAAGGGAUAUGCCUGAAAGGUGAACGUUGAACAACUAGCUCCUCAAAACAAGGAAAAGUCUGCCACUUAGCUCAUCAUGGGAGUUUAUCACCCGCGAAAACUAAGCAGCAUCCGUGUAGUAUGUGAUUGCUCAGUUGGUUACUAGGGUGAAUCGCUCAAUGAUCACCUGUUACAAGGGUCCGACCUUACAAGCAGACCAACAGCAGUCUUUGCCGUCUAUCAGUUUAUCGCCGCGAUGUUCCGACUUUGCUUUGAAACGCACGGCUGAAGACAAUGAACUCUACCAUUUUCAUAAUCAACCUAAGAUAAGAGCAUACUCUAUGUCCACUCCGCGAUGUGUCUGUUAUGAAUCAGAUGCAUUUGAACGCAAAAUCGAGUUGAUGGAGAAGCCAUGCACCCGUAGAGGUAUACUGGCAACCACAAGCUCGAUCUUUGACCUGCUUGGGCUCAUUGCAACUGUCGUUCUUGUUGGAAAGCAGAUACCUCGAGAGAUCUGUCAUGGGAGGUGCUGGGACGAGUCAAUCGAUGGAGUAGUUCUCGCUAAAUGGGAAAGGUGGGGAAAUCAGUUACCGAUACUUAAGCAGCUGGACAUCCGAAGGCACUUAAGCCUCCUGAUUUUGGAAGAAUUGUCACCGCACAGCUUCAUAACAUGUCAGACGCAUCGCAGAGAGGAUACAGAAUAUGCUUUUAUUUCAGGUUGAUCGAUGAAAAUGAUAGAGUUCAUUGUUCCCUCUUACAGGGUAAAGUUCGUGUAGCACCGUUGAAAAUUGUCACUAUCCCACGACUUGAAUUGACUGCAGCUACUGUUUCAGUAAGAGUUGCCACUAUGCUAAAGGAAAAGUUAGAUUAGAAGGAAUCUAAUGAGUUUUAUUGCACAGAUAGCAAGGUCGUGCUCUGAUUCACCAGUAAUGAGUCUCGAAGGUUCCAGGUGUACGUUGCAAAGAGAGCACAGUUAAUUCGUGAUCACACUGUACCUGAGCAAUGGCAGUAGGUGGAGUCUAUAUCCAACCCAGCAGAUGAAGGAUCAAUGGGUCUGAAUGCCGAGGAGUUUGUGGAGAAGUCACAUUGGAUAGAGGGCCCGGAUUUCUUGUAGCAGACAGAGGAUCAGUGGCCUCUACAAGGCUUGUAUGAAAAUGAGGUUGAUCACAGUUCUCUAGAGGUUGGAAAGGUCACUGCAUACGCCACAGUAAAUGAAGAGCGUGGAAACAUGUUGAGUAGAUUUGACAGGUUCUCUAACCACCAACGUUUGAAGACUGCAAUCGCCAUCCGUUGGGAAUACAAAAAGCAUUUAAGGAUGAGCGUCAGUACUACAGACAACAAACCUCUGGCUAAUAAAGGCCCUCAAAUUUACAGACGGAGUUGUGACGGUGAAAGUUCCCCUACUAUCAUGGUCAGAGGCCUGGAACAAGCACAAGUGGUAAUUGUGACGGUGAAAGUUCCCCUACUAUCAUGGUCAGAGGCCUGGAACAAGCACAAGUGGUAAUCCUCAAGCUCGUGCAAACAAGUGACUUCCAUAAAGAAGUGAAGAGCGUGAAACAAUUUCAAGCCGAGGCUGAAGGUGUGCGUAAAGACUGGCCAUAUCACAGAUUUGAUCAUCCGUCACACCCAUAAGAAUACUCACCAUAGCGGAAGAGGCGUCACUUUGAGUGAGGUUCGUUCAAAUGGUUACUAGGUCAUCAAUGGAAAGGCAGCAGUGGGACACUUCAUCUCAAGGUGUGUCAUACCUUCGCGGUACUGUUGGACAACAGAAAAUGGUCAAUCUCCUCAGCUUGCGUGUUGAGAUCGGGCCACCGUUCUCAUACUGUGCGGUAGACUAUUCGGUCCGUGGCACGUUAAGUAGGGCAGGAAAUAAGUUAAAAGGUACGGAGCCCUAUUUACAAGCCUGGCCAGCCGUGCAACUCAUAUUGAAGUGGCACACUCCAUGGAAACAGAUUUAUUCCAACAGGCCCUACGGCAUUUUAUCCGUAGGGCCUGUUGGAAUAAAUAGGCAACAUUAAGUGGAUCAGAACCCCUGCUACAGCUAGUAACUUUAGAGGUGUUUUGGAGCGACAAAUGAGGUCUGUGCGAAAUGUUAUGGCAACGCUUUUGAAGCGACGUGGUCACAGUUUAGACAACGAAUCAUUGCAAACUCUGUUAGGGUGAAGCUGAAGCAGCUGUAAAUAGUCGCCUUCUCACUACUGACCCACUAUCACCAUUGCUACUGACGCCAAACGUACUUCUUACCAGCAAAACCAAGCUUUUACUCGCUCCUCCAGGAAGGUUCCAAAGGGAAGAUAUUUACUGCAGGCGAUGCUGGAAGCGUGUACAGCAUAUUACUAAUACAUUUUAAAACAGGUGGAAUAAAGAGUACUUGCAGAGCCUACAUCCGAGACAAAGGUGACACGACACUAAUACAUUUUGGAACAGGUGGAGUAAGGUACAACUAAGGCAAAGGUGACAUGA